UUCGAACAGCCGGAUAAUUCGGAGAUCGUGAAUAUAUUCGAUAUAGCCCGUGUCGUUCCUUCAACCGACCGAGACUCUAUUACUAUCUCGGAAGAGAACGUCUUCGAUAACUCGAAUAAUUCCCAUCGAGACUACAGUGAAAUUUCCCAAUGACGAUCGCACAAAUGCGAACGUGAUCCACGAUCAAUCGUCCAAGUACCAAUAUAGAAAGAAAGCUACGAUCGGGAUACGAAAGAAUUAAACCUGCUUGACACUUCUUCGGUCGUAUCUGUUGGAGGGGCGAAAUGGGGACAUUUGUGAGAAUUUGGGCAAUUUUCAGUCUGAUCGGUCUGUCGCGUGCCGAGUCACCGGUGGAAAUCUUAACAUCCUCGAACAGUCUCGGUACCUUUGAGGAGGAGGAUAUACUCCGCGUAUUUUCGCGUAACAAGACCGACACAACUAAGAACUUCACUUUCGUCGAGCUGAUCAGUAGCCUCGGUAAUUACACGAUCGACACCGAGAAAGUUAUAUGGAGUGACGACAGGCCGGAAGUGCAUCACACGAAUCCGCACUAUGAGGACUUCCCCGAGAAAAUCGAUUUCGAGGCACGCAGAUUAUUGCAAAUCCUUCCUCCUUACGAUCCCGGCGCAGGUGGUGUCAGCGCGGAAUGCAAACGACACGCCGAUAUCUUCCAUGAGGAGCUCGCCAAGUUCACACUAUGGGCACUCAAAAUGUAUGACGCGACCGCGAAAGUGCCUUCCGGUCUGCUUAGCGGAAACGUUAAUCAAUUCGGCGACUUCGACGAGUGCGUCGGUGUCGAGGGCAAGGAUGGCAUUCGAGGACAGUAUUGCCUAGCAUUUUUGCAGCUGAACGUCGAUCAGUCUCGACCGGACCUCAAGUACCUACAUCGCCUACUGCAUUCGCAUUAUGCGUUUCGCAGCAACAUGACCGACCCCGGUCACAGAGUACCGCGUUUUAGUAACAUAAAUUGGGCCAUAUGCACACCCGCAUCAUGCACAGCCCAGGAUGUGAAAGCAUCUCUUCAACAUACAAUUUCAAAGUACACAGCACAGACAGGACUUAAAAUUUCGUUGCAAGUGGACCAGAACUUGUGCCAAGUGAGGCCGGAACUCGUUCUAUCAAAAGCGACUGUCGCCACCAGUCUUCUCUUCGUCACCGUAUUCGUUCUGACACUCGUAGCUGCAUUCUACGAUCAUUGCAAAAUACCGGCCAGCGAGUUGCUUUUAUCGUUUUCUUUGAAGCGCAACAUCCUGAAAUUAUUCUCGUUGGAAAGACCGCAAGGCGACAUAGCGUCGCUUCACGGUAUCCGAUUCUUAAACAGCGCUUUAUUGCUCGUAUCUCACAAGAGCAUGGCAGUAUUCUUUAUCCCUUACGUAAACCGAACUUACAUGAGCGAGUUUUUAGGUAAACCAUGGACCGUCUUCGGGAGAGCAGCUAGUCUAUAUACUGAUCCGUUUAUAAUGUUAUCCGGUUUAUUAACGACAUAUUUAUUCGUCGGUAGAUUGAAAAAGUCUGGAACUUUGGACAUUAAAAACGAAUAUUUAUCACGUUUGCUAAGGCUAGUGCCUACUUUAGGUGCGCUGAUAUUGUUCUGUACUUACAUUAUGCCGUACAUCGGAUCUGGACCGCAGUGGCCGCUGGUGGUGACCAAUCACGCGGAAAUCUGCAAGAGAACAUGGUGGCGGAAUUUCUUAUUUAUUCACAAUUAUUUCGGAUUUGAGAAUAUGUGUCUUACGCACACGCAUCAUAUAGGAAUAGACACACAAUUAUUCGCGAUUUCUCCUGUGUUGGUAUUACUCUUGUACAAAAAGCCAAAGAUCGGCGCUAUUGUACUUGGUACAAUGGCCUUGAUAUCUACGAUAUUGAGAUUUUACGUCACGUAUGCCAAAGAUCUCAACAAUUACGUAUAUUAUGGCACGUCGAUAAGACAAUUAUUCGAUACUGCGGAUUACUCGUACACAUUACCAUCGCACAGACUGACUGUUUACAUCAUUGGAAUUUUUGCGGGUUACUUCCUGCGAAAUUUACCCAAGGAUUUCAAACUGGGCACAACAACUCUCUAUAUAGGAUGGACUAUAUGUAGUCUAAUGUUUUUGGCGGCCGUUAUCGGGCCUUCUAAAAUGGGUUCUAUCGAUUACGUAUACGACCCGAUUCACGCGGCAGCUUAUAACGCGUUCGCUCCUAUCGGAUGGUGCAGCCUGUUUCUUUGGAUAGCGAUAACGCAGCACACUGGCAGUUCAAAUGUGUUUUUGAACAAAAUAUUCUCUUGGCGAGGAUUCCUCGUUACUACGAGAAUUAGUUACGCCGUCUAUUUAACGCAAUUCCCGAUAUUUUUUUUCAAUGUUGGACAAACCCGCACUGCGGAUCACUACGACUUUUUGAGGAUAAUGCUAAAUCUAAAAGAGAUAGGAGGGAUUCUUCUUAUAUCAAUAGUUCUCACGCUACUAUUCGACACACCGUUCCAGAAUAUGAGAAAUUAUAUAUUGAAAAAACCGGUAUACAAAAAGGAUAUAACAAAAUCAUCCAAAGUGGAAUGAUUUUAUUUUAAUUUCAGGUCGAUUUUGACCAAAUAUUUUAGCUUGAUUAGCCAGCUAUUUUACUUGACUACAAUCUACGGAUUUGUACAUAACAUUUUUAAUUAAAUUUUUAAUAAUUAAUGUAUAAUGUGUAGGAAAAUUAUAUUAGAUACCGAGUAUUGGAGAGAAAGAAUUGAGAGGAGAAAUUAUUUUGCAAAAAUUAGUUCAAACUUUGUUUAUGUAGAAAAGUAGUUAGUAGAAUGCACACAAAUGAAAUGUACCUAUACAAAGUUUUUCCAUGUUUUUAAUGAGUAUCCACCGACCUCACUUUAUGUAAUUAAAAAUAUAUUUACACUUUUAUACGUAGCAAUAAUAAAUAUGGCCAUAAGAAUAAUUGUACAUAUUAGUUUUCUGUUAAUUCUCGUACAAUAAACUUAACACGAAGAAUACUACUUUUACACUCAGGCAAGAUACUAGACAAUACUAGAUAAUUCAUGAUGCGUACGGAUUGACAUUGCAUGUUUCAAUUCCUUUUUUAUGUAAGCAAUGAAGAUGUAGAAAAUUAACUAUAAUGUAAAAUAACAAAUAGUUAAAAAAUUAAGAGGCAAAA